AUGGCUCGCGGCGAGACUCAGCAGACCAAGGUCCACUUCAAGGGCAGUGAUGACUUUGUCAUCUUCAUUGACGAUAUCGAGACCUACCAGAAGUGGAAGACCGACAAGAGCAUCCCUCUGGCUCACUUCAUCUCCUCUUUCAAGAUCUUCUGCACACACGGACAAGGAGUCCAGGGAACACUCGACGCAGCUUCCAAGGCCGCUCUUGAGAACGAGUUUGGUACCUCUGUCGAUGACGAUGUCAUUAAGCAGAUCCUCGAGAAGGGCGAUACUCAGACCACUGAGUUCCCCGAGCGUCAAGGCAACAAGAACGACAACAAGGGUCCUCUCAUCUCCCACUAG